CGGGAAAAAUUGGGCGAUGUGGAUGUUGAAGAAACUCAGGAAGGUGUUUUCAUGAAGAAUGGCUGGCAAGCUUUUGCUGAUCAUCAUCUCUUGAAACUUGGAGAAUUUUUAGUUUUCCGUUAUGAUGGAAAUUCUGUGUUUACUGUUAAGAUAUUUCGGACACAUGGAUGCAAGGAGGAAGCUUUUGUCAGAGAGAAGAUUGCUGCAGAUGUGAAAAUUGAACCAUUGGAAGAUCAGAUUGCAGCUACAGAGCAUACGUGUGCAAAACACUCUUGCAAUUCAGAUGGAGAGGGCAAUAAGCUUGAUACAUCAAGAGGUGUACGAGAAGGAAAGCAGCAAAUGUCAUCCAGAUUUCAUUCACAGACAGUUCAGAUGGAGCGGGACUCUGAAUUUGGCAGUAUCAGGUCUAUCAGUCGCACACAGAUGCAUAAGCUGAUGCUUUCAAAAGGUUUCAUCUCUAAGAACAACAUAACUGGGGUCAAAUGUAAUGCUCUGCAAUGA